UCAGCUGAUGUGAGCUGCUGUCAAGUGUCCUUUGACCCCUGAAGGGUUCAAUAAAAACCAUCGUUUCAUCCCGUGACCUGCAGCAACACUAGUGUUGGGUCUGUGGGCGGCUCUCCGCGAGAACGAUGUGGGGCAGUUGCAGCAGAGCCAUGGCAAAGAUGGGGGUGGGAAAGUUUGCCAAACCCUGCUACCUGAUGAGGCCCGUUUCAGUGAAACGGCUCGGUGGGAGAUACCUAACCCACCAGAGUGGCUUGCCCACCCUGCCUGUACCACCCCUUCAGCAGACCUGUGAGCGCUACCUCAAUGCUCUUGAGCCAAUCGUUGAGGUGGAUGAGCUGAAACGCACAAAAGAGCUGGUGGAUUUUUUUCAGAAACCUGGUGGUGUUGGAGAACGAUUGCAGAAAGGUUUGGAGAAGAGAGCGACCAAGACUGAGAACUGGUUGUCUGAAUGGUGGGUUAAAGUUGCCUAUUUGGAUUAUCGGCUUCCCGUGGUGGUGCAUUCAAGUCCGGGGCUGGUGUUGCCUCGCAUGAACUUCAACAAUAAGCAAGGACAGAUCAGGUUUGCUGCCAAGCUAAUCGCUGGUGUCCUGGAUUUUAAGACCAUGAUUGACAAUGAGACCCUGCCAGUAGAGUUCUUGGGAGACAAACCCAUGUGUAUGAACCAGUACUAUGAAGUGUUGUCGUCCUGCCGUAUCCCUGGUCUGAAGAGAGAUUCUAUUGUCAACCAUGCCAAGGGCACCAAGCCCCCGAAACACAUCACUGUCGUUUACAAUUUCCAAUUCUUCAAACUGGACGUCUACAAUAGUGACGGGACGCCACUAACUACAGACCAGCUCUUUGUUCAGCUGCAGAGGAUCUGUUCCACACCAGGGCUGGAUAACGCUGAACCUGUCGGUAUCCUCACCACCCAGCACCGCGACUCCUGGGGCAAGACCUACCUGAACCUCAUCAAAGAUAAGACCAACAAAGAGUCGGUCCUGGAAAUCCAAAGGAGCAUCUUCACUGUUUGCCUGGAUGGGUCGAUGCCUCAAGUGUCUGAAGAGAUGAGUCGCAGUCGAGCAGCGUUGCAGAUGCUACAUGGAGGAGGAAGCCGCUGGAACAGUGGCAAUCGUUGGUUUGACAAGACCUUGCAGUUCAUUGUCGGAGAAGAUGGGUCGUGUGGUGCAAACUACGAACACGCCCCGGCUGAGGGGCCACCCAUCGUAGCUUUGAUCGAUCACGUUGUGGAAUUCACGCGGAAGCAAGACUUGGUGCGGACUCCCAUGGUGCCUUUGCCAAUGCCCAAGAAACUUGAGUUCAAGGUCACAUCAGAGAUCAAGAAAGACAUUGAAGAGGCCAAGCAGAGUAUGAACAGGCUGGCUGAUGACUUGGAUAUGAGAGUGGUAGUGUUUAAACAUUUUGGGAAAAAUGUUCCAAAAGCCUUCAAGAUGAGCCCUGAUGCCUUCAUACAGAUGGCACUGCAGUUGGCUUUCUACAGGAUGUACCAGCGCUGCUGUGCCACGUAUGAAAGUGCUUCUCUACGAAUGUUCCGUCUGGGACGAACAGAUACAAUCAGAUCAGCCUCCAGUGCCUCAGCUGCUUUCGUCAAGGCUUUUGAUGACAUGACCGUACAGAACACAGAGAAGAGGGACCUGAUGGAGAAGGCAGUGAAAGCACACAAGUUGUAUACGAAUAUGGCGAUCACUGGUCAGGCCAUCGACAGACACCUGCUUGGACUCAAGAUGCUGGCAGCAGAGGAGAAGCUGCCCGUUCCUGAUGUUUUCACUGACCCAUCCUAUGCGAAAGCUCUCCACUACCAGCUCUCCACCAGCCAGGUGCCAUCUAAAACAGACUGUGUAAUGUGCUUCGGUCCUGUUGUAUCUAACGGAUACGGUUUCUGCUACAACCCUAUGGAGGAUCACAUCAACUAUGCAGUGUCCGCCUUCAACAGCUGUGCAGAGACAAACGCAGCGCGUAUGGCUCACAGCAUGGAGACAGCCCUGUUGGACAUGAGAACUCUGCUGGAACUAACCCCCAAAUCCAAACUGUGAUGCAGCCUCAUGCUGAACUGGGUAAACAUGUGCCAGCAACAUACCCCCCUAAGGCCAUUGACAGUGCCACCAACUCUCCCUCUGCUGUAACAGUGUCUACAACUGGAGCUGUUUUAGAAGUGCAAUUAAUCACACCUCUGUUUUUCAGCAGGACAUGGCUGUUAUUAUUCCCCCCGUAUUUUUUAAAGGAUGCUACAGCAUGUAUGUGGUCCGUGAUCCUUCUACAUUUAGUCCUUGUAAGGAGCAUCAGUAUUUCAACCCUCAUUGAUGAUCAUUCCAUCACAGUGGCAGCGAUCGAUGAAGACCAUCAGUUAUUUAUUAGUGAAAAUAGAUCUUUAAUCAGUUGGUGCUGUUUCUGAAACAUGCUAUAGUCAUUUGCAUUAUUAUUUAUGACUGUAAAUCAUUGAGUCAGCAUUAUAAGCAUGUUAAUCAUGGGAUACUUUUUAUUGUGAGAUAUUGCACAAAUAACAUUCAUAAUGAGCAUAGAAAUCUAUUUUAAGAAAUCUGUAUCAAGUAACUCACUGAA